CUACACUUUCCUUCCUUCAGCUUCCGCGGCUCAUGCAGUUGGUGCUGAGGGAAAUAACAUGCAUGCAUCGAGAGUGUCAGCAUUUGGGGCAUUUGACCAGGCAACUGGAUUUGGUGUAAAUGAUGGUGCUGACCUUAGCAGAAAACAUUUAUUGAACACAAAAUCAAGUGGAAAUUUUAUUUCCGACUCUCUUCAGUUUGGUUCUUUCAGCAAAACACAUACAUCGGCUGAUGUAACUCCAGUUGCUAGAGUUAGUCACGUGAGUUUUCCACAGCAGAAGGCACAGCCAACUAAUUUGGCCCAACCGUCUAUUGGUCAGUUCGAGAACUGGGGAGAGUCUAAUAUGGCAGAUAACAGUCCUAGGAGUGAUAGCUCGACAGAUGAGGACAUGGAUGACAGGAAUCAAAGGUUUGAUAAAGGACAAGCAGCAACGGUGGCAGCCUCUGAUUCCAGUGACAGGUCCAAAGAAAAAGUUGGAGAUCAAAAAACUCUGAGACGGCUUGCUCAAAAUCGUGAAGCUGCUAGGAAAAGUCGUUUAAGGAAAAAGGCUUAUGUUCAACAACUUGAAAACAGCAGGUUGAAGCUCACUCAACUUGAGCAGGAGCUCCAGCGGGCGCGCCAACAGGGAAUCUUUAUUUCAAGCACAGGAGAUCAAUCACAUUCUACGGGUGGAAAUGGGGCAUUGGCAUUUGAUGUAGAAUAUGCUCGAUGGCUGGAGGAGCAGAACCGUCUGGUGAAUGAACUUAGAGCUGCAGUUAAUGCUCAUGCAAGUGAUAAUGAUCUCCGUACUGUUGUUGAUGGGAUAAUGGCACAUUACGAAGAAAUAUUUAGGUUGAAGGGCAAUGCGGCGAAGGCAGACGUCUUUCACAUGCUAUCUGGCAUGUGGAAGACACCUGCAGAGAGGUGUUUCCUUUGGCUGGGAGGCUUCCGGUCCUCUGAGCUUCUUAAGCUACUGGUAAAUCAUCUGGAGCCUCUAACUGAGCAGCAAUUAAUGGGGAUUUGCAACCUGCAGCAAUCCUCUCAACAAGCUGAGGAUGCUCUUUCGCAAGGUAUGGAAGCAUUGCAGCAGUCUCUGGCUGAAACUUUGGCCGGAGCUCUUGGCCCUUCUGGUUCUUCCGGUAACGUCGCGAAUUAUAUGGGACAGAUGGCAAUGGCUAUGGGAAAGCUUGGCACACUGGAAAAUUUCCUUCGACAGGCCGACAAUCUGCGACAGCAAACACUUCAACAAAUGCAUCGAAUACUAACGACACGACAAUCUGCACGAGCUCUUCUGGCAAUAAGUGACUAUUUCUCGAGGCUCCGCGCGCUAAGCUCGCUCUGGCUUGCCCGUCCUCGCGAGUAAGAGUCAUCUAUGGUUUUCCAUUCUUCUCAAUGGAUUCAGGUGCUCCAUGGUUCUUCUAGUAUCCAAAGCAUUGUUCCUACUUCCCAUUUGGUUGGUCACUGGGUUUCAUCUGUAUGUUGUUUUUUUUUUUUCACAUCAUAGGUUGAAUUUGGGCAGUCUUGUAAGCAUGUAAUAUUGUAUUGUAGGAUUGUUUGUUCUCUUUUAAUGUGUAAUAUCUUUUCAGUUGUAAGAAUUAAAAACAUCAGAAUGCUGGUUGUAUUAUGUAAGGUAAGCUUGUUUUCAUUAGGAACUUUAAUAAAGUAUUGUAUCAAUUCUCAGCCA